AUUUCCGACUGUGACAAGACGAAAUAAUUAUAAUAUUAAAAUUUGCUUUUUCUUCAUCUUUUUCCCAUUUCGUCUGUUCAUUUUAUUCCUUUUUUCAAUUUAUUUUUAUUCUAUUUCCAUAUUUUGCCGUUUCAUAAAAGAAAAUUUAAUAGUAGUGCAAGUUUGAAAAUGUCUUACGCCUAUCUUUUCAAAUACAUUAUUAUCGGAGAUACUGGUGUUGGAAAAUCUUGUCUGCUUCUGCAGUUCACAGACAAACGCUUUCAGCCUGUCCAUGAUCUGACAAUAGGUGUUGAAUUUGGAGCUAGAAUGAUAGGGAUUGAUGGCAAACAAAUCAAACUUCAAAUCUGGGAUACAGCGGGUCAGGAAUCAUUCAGAUCGAUAACAAGAUCUUAUUAUAGAGGUGCCGCCGGGGCAUUGCUUGUUUAUGACAUCACAAGACGUGAUACAUUCAACCAUUUGACAACAUGGCUGGAAGAUGCAAGACAACAUUCAAGCUCCAAUAUGGUCAUCAUGCUCAUUGGAAAUAAAAGUGAUCUGGAGGCGAGACGUGACGUGAAGAAAGAAGAGGGCGAGGCAUUUGCCAGGGAGCACGGCCUCAUUUUUAUGGAAACAUCUGCCAAAACUGCUGCCAACGUUGAGGAGGCGUUUAUAAACACAGCAAAAGAGAUCUACCAGAAGAUCCAAGAGGGUGUCUUUGACAUCAACAAUGAGGCCAAUGGAAUAAAGAUAGGACCACAGCACUUUCAGGCAAACGCCAAUCAAGGUGUUGGGGGCGGAGGUUCUGGCCAAUCAGGUGGCUGUUGUUAGCCAAUGACAAAAUGUGAAUAUUUAUUUGCCAAAUCAAUUAUUUUUGGUUGGUUGAUUGAUUGUUAACCAAUUGCAACGUUGUUUUCAAAAUAUAAAUGUUCAUUGGCUAACAUGAAGAUAUCUUUUUAAAUAUUUUUUUGGUGAGUUAAUUUGAACUAAUACUUUUCAUUCGUGUUUUAAAUGUUAAUAUUGACACUUUAAAGCAACGUUUAACAAUCAUUACGUUUAAUAUUAUUUUUAUAAUUUAUUUGUUACUAUUAUUAAUAUUUCAACUUUUGUUUCAGUCAUUUUAAUAUGUUAAUGUAUGAGGUAAGUAUUAAAGUACUAGUAACAUUUAUUUAUCUAUCUUAAAUGCAACAUUAUGGUUCUGUAUAAUAUAAAUUUCUCUUAAACGCUUAGCUAAAAUAUUUUAAUUAAUUGUAUAUAUAGUUGACUUAUUUCGUUCUUAAAUAAUUUUUUUAAAUCUUACAUUCAUUCACCCAUUCUUUUCUCUCUCUUUCUUUCAUUUACGUUUAUUGAGUCAUGACUUUGUUUAUCAAUGUUUGCUUAAGUAAUACAAAAGCCACUUCGAGAUUGUAUGUUGCUAUAUACAUUAAUAUGAUUGUAUGUGAUAAAUAUAUAAAUUAAUAAAUAUAUUAUUUUCAGUCAUCAGUUAUGUUCGUUUUCUUAUAUAUUGUUUUUAUUGAUAUUAUUACUGUUAUAAUUUUUGGUUGCAGCUGGUGACUGGUACUCAUUCAUAUUUAUUAUAUUUCAGAUUAAUAUUGUUAAUUAUAUUCUAUAAAUGCACAACAAACGAAUUAUCACUUACUAUAUUCAGAUUAAUUCAUUUUAUUCUUACAUGAAUGUUUAUUUAUUUCUUUAUUUAUGUAAAUUCUUUAAAAAUUUUAAGCACAAUUUUUGGAUCUGAAGAUUUUUAUCAUAGAAUGUCUACCUUAUUAGUGAUUAAUGGCUCAGUUCUUGUUACUACUUGAUUGAGGCUGCGUUGUGGGCUAUGACGUGCAUUUAAUCACGAAAUUUUAUGCAUAAUUUGUUCUUAAGACAUCAAUUUUUGAUUUAGUUAUGUCACUUUAUUGAUGAAAUGAAUUUUUCUUAACCCAGACUCUACCUAUAAUUAUCUAAUAAUUAUUUGGUGUGUGUCUGUUUAUUUGAAUUAACUUUUAGACGAUUUAAAUUUUAUGCUUAAAAAGCUG